CGGCGGGUCUUGAGCAUCUCGCCCAAAAGGAGCCGCAUCGCCCGCCGAGAGAAGCGUCCCUUGACUACCUUCCAUUCUUUCCCUGUUUCUCAUCACAUCACCACUCUUUCCCUUUUCUCGGCAGGCCGGUACAAUUCACCCUUUACAUUCUGGACUUUGAUCAGUCCGAAAUUUCCACCACAGCACCCAUCGUCCUUCUUUCUGCGUGUCGACCAUAUUCACAUCCAACAUGAUGGAACCCACAAGGCAUAAGGACUACGCCAACGUCGGGCACCACGACGAUCACGACGAGUCGAGCACCGAGGUGGAGGAGUCGCUUAUGGGCGACGAGAAGUCAUACCAGAAAGACGUCAUGUUCCAGAGGAGACCAAAAUCCCUGCGGGAAAAGCUGCUGGCGCCCUUCAGGUCCGGCAGGUGGUUGAUCGACACGGCUCUGCUGCUCGUCAUCAUCGGCCUGCUGGUCAAGGAGCAGUACAAGGAGCGGAGGUUGAACCCGUGGCAGAUCGGCGGUGACAUGACCGGUGUUGCCCCUGAGAUCCCCAUGAAGAUCACCACCUUCAAGAUGGACCAGUCCUACGCCCCCAACGACACGUCCAAGUUCUUCACCCCAGAGGUUAUGGAUAAGUGGAGCGAACUCAUGCCGAUUGGCAUGGGCUUCCAGUGGGUCAACGACACGGACAAGUACCACGACCUGCCCACCCCCAUCAUCUGGCCCGAGAAGACCGUCUUCACCACCUCGGUCACUCACCAGCUGCACUGCCUGUUCACGCUCACGCACAUCUACUCUGCGUACCACUCUGGUCACGAGCUGCCGAAGGACAGCCACUGGCACGCGCUACACUGUUUCGACUACAUGCGCCAGGCCAUCAUGUGCUCGGCAGACAUGGCUCUUGAGGGUCUCGAGACCACCUUCCCUGACCACAACGGUGGCUCCGAUGGUUGGGAUUCCAAGCAUGUUUGUAAGGACUGGAGCCAGGUCACGUCGUACCUGGAACGCGUGCGGGCGUAUGAUGAUCGCCAGAUCUAUUAGAAUGUCCACUCUCCUCUAUAGCUACACUAAUUCUGAUGUGGUCGCGGCAGCUGAGCUGGCCGUGUCACCAAUAUUUCCAUGUUCCACCAUGUCCCAAAAAAAUGGCCAUCCUUCAUUUUGACAACAUCGAUUGAACAAUCCCCCUCUGUGCUGAACUGAGCACAAUGAACAACUUUAUCUAGCCGCCUCUUAAACUAGAAUUACCCAGUCAUCCAUGUCCGCCCUGCCAGUUGGCAGCGGUGCCUUGUUGUCAG